UACAGAAAUUUUUGAACAUCCCAUACUUACAUUUUCAGCCGACUUAUAUUGUCAAAGUAAUAGAAUAGAAACACUCCGUCGGUGAUUUCAGAAGAUUUAAGAUGUUUGUGAACACAUUACUAUUAGCGACUGUGUGCGCUUUUGUAUAUUCAAGCGAACGAGAAUGUUCCAGAUUUCACUAUGAAGAGAAGACACUUGAAAAGAUGAUAAAAACGGAACUUUAUGUGGAGAAGAUAAAAUCGGACACUGAAAACAUGCAGCUUCAGAUAUCCAAUAGACUUGAUGCUCUACAGGAUGACUGGGAGAAAACAAAGCAAGAAGUAAACGAUGCUCGAGAGGACAAUAGGAAAGUUAUUGACAAAAUCAAAGAUAAAAUAGAUGGUCAAGAAAACGUAGCUGUAGCCUUCCUUGCGCACAAUCUAGAGAACACUUCACCAAUGUCUGGCGAGACCCUUGUAUUUAGCACGACGUACUUUGAUAGGGGUUCUGGUUACAACAACAAAACUGGAGUUUACGUUACACCUGUCGCAGGCAUCUAUAUGUUUAACUUACAAUUGUGUAUUACUGAUGGCCAUUACGUUUACUAUGAAAUUGACACGGAAAAAGAACCUGUUAUGAGGGGACUGUUCACUGACGAAGACGUUCUGAAUCACAGCUGCCAAAUGGCUACAGCUGCAGCUAUACUAGAUGCAAAGGAACGUGUUUGGAUAAAGGUCAUAUCAUCUAUUAGUGGCCUACAUUUCUGGAAGGAUUCAAGAGUUUGGAACAGCUUUUCUGGUGUUUUGUUUGCAACAAUAAACUAAAAAAAUAUCAAAGGACUAGUCUUUUGCGUCUUUCUAGAGUUAUAUUUUCUUUGAAAACUUUUCUUGCAUAGUGUUUAUGCACUGUGUUAUUAUGUUUGACUUGUUUCUGCGUGUCUGAACGUUUCUUUCUGUUCCAAAUGUGGUUUAAAAACUGUUGCAAUCAUAUAGUUUUCAGUUUAUAUCAUUUUUGUUGUUAUUUUAAAUAGAACGAGAUGUUUUAGCAUAACCCUAAAAUUUAUCUGAGUAAAUGCGUUAUUUUCUAUCACAAUCACAAAUGGUUGGGGCAUCCAGAUCAAGAAUAUUCGCGGUAGAUCCGUGCAUUUCUUAUGGACGUGUUUUGACAAGUUACAAGUCUAAAAAUAAACUAUAAUACCAAUAAAUGAUGCCAUAACUUAUGGAUUUCAUGAUUGCAUUCUACAUCCCUUGAAUAAGAAUGAGUUUGUUUUUCUAAUUAAAUUCUUUACAAACGUGUGUGACUUUUUG